UGGGCUACUAGUAACAGUGGCACAGUGGUGGUAGGCUAUCUCUUUAAUCGUCAAAGGUCACAAUCCGAUGAAUGCGCGUCAAAAAAAGUUACAGCGGAUGUGAUAUUUAAAUAUGCUAAAAUAUACAUGUCGCAUCAGUCCAGCGUCCGUGUGGGAACGGUGUUAAACAAGAUUAUGGGAUGGACGGGAUGGGAUGUAAAGCUGAGCCCCAGCCCAACCACGACGAGACUAUAUUUGUCGGUUGGGAUGCAGCAGCAGCAGCAGCAGCAGCAGCAGCAUCCUCUCAAAAGCACUGUUUCAGCACAGCCAGUCAGACCGCCUCAGUCCGCAGGAUGCUAUAGGAUGCUGCCGGAGGAUCCAGCCCAACAAUACCGCCGUGCGAUCUUUCUGAAAGAAAGUCUGACACACGAAAUGAAUCCCUCUGCGAUUUAAAUUGGGAUUAGCACGAAAUAAAUACAUAAAGAACAAAACUAAAAACUCUCCUCGAUUGCCUCUGUUUCAACUUGAUUCCGGAGCAUGGGAGUCGUCGGCACGGAUGCGGCUGUACACCGGCUUCAGAAGCUGGACAACCAAAACAUUUAGUGUCAUGACUCUUGACUUCGGACAAGGUUUCCAGCGCAGUGCAGUCGGCGUACGAUAUUUUAGAAACCAAAAGGUGGGCUUGCCAUUUCGUCCAGAUUACCUGUCUUUGGAGGAUGUUAUUUGAUCAACAUGUGGCACUUAAAUUAUCACCUUUAGUCUAUCUGAGGCAUGGAGGAUCAUUAAUCCCUGAGGAGCCCAUGGGUGCAUGUUAUUAUUCACAGUAAUGGAAUGAAGCCACUAUUUUGAUAUAAUGGAUGAUAGAUCCAGUAAGCUCAUCUUGGUUCCUAUUUUAGCUGUCCUUUUUGUUACGAUAGGUUACCAGUACAUAUGUCCCGCUGGCAGCAAUUCAUGCCACUUUAAGACUGAGGACAAAUUAAGUGGGAUUAGCCUACUUUCCGCCCCGUACCAGGACAGCGAUGAUUUUUACAGAGAUCAAGACCUUGAGGACGACAGCCCUCCAAAACUACCGUCAAAAUUCAACUUCACCGAAAGAGACCUUGACAGACACGUGGAGUUCAACAUGAAGGGGGACGACGUGAUAGUUUUCCUGCACAUCCAGAAGACCGGGGGAACCACUUUCGGUAGGCACUUGGUGAGGAAUAUUCGCUUGGAGCAGCCGUGUGAGUGCAAGCCUGGACAGAAAAAAUGCACAUGUCACCGACCCGGGAAAGAAGAGUCCUGGCUUUUCUCCCGGUUCUCUACUGGCUGGAGCUGCGGACUGCAUGCAGACUGGACCGAGCUAACGAACUGUGUACCUGUCAUUAUGGAUAAGAAGGAGGCCCAGAGGAAUAAAAGGAACUUCUACUACAUCACCAUGCUGCGCGACCCAGUCUCCCGCUACCUGAGUGAAUGGAAGCACGUCCAGCGCGGAGCCACAUGGAAGACUGCCCUCCAUAUGUGUGACGGACGUUCGCCCACCCAGGACGAGCUGCCCACCUGCUACAGCGGGGAUGACUGGUCUGGUGUCACCCUGACAGAGUUCAUGAACUGCCCGUCCAACCUGGCCAAUAACCGUCAGGUGCGAAUGCUAGCUGACCUGAGCCUGGUGGGCUGCUACAACCUGUCGUCUAUGAAUGAGAGCCAGCGCAACCACAUCCUUUUAAGCAGUGCCAUGAGCAAUUUGAAGAACAUGGCUUUCUACGGCCUGACCGAGUUUCAACGCAAGACGCAGUACCUGUUUGAGCGGACGUUCAGCCUGCGCUUCAUCUCCGCCUUCACGCAAAUCAACAGCACACGAGCCGCCAACGUGGACCUGAGCGAGCCCGUGCGCAGACGCAUCGAGGAGCUCAACUUCUUGGAUGUGCAGCUAUAUGAGUAUGCGAAGGACCUGUUCCUCCAGCGUUUCCAGUUCACCCGGCAAAGGGAGCACCAGGAGGUGCGCUUGAAGAGGCGUGAGGAGAGGCGUUGGUUAAGGGAGCAAAGAGAGCAGGGCAGGCCAUGGCCGCUCAAGCACAGGGGGGUUGGAAAUAGAGAGGGGAGAGGGGGUGGAGGAGUCAAUAAAGGGACUGACGGGGACCUCCCCGCCACCACUGAGGACUACACAAGCCAAGUGGCCCGCUGGUGAGGCUUUGGUUCCAUAAAGGGAGAGGAGUUAGAGAAAGCAGCUGAUGGGGAUUCCUCACAGACUAGUUUAACCAUUCUCUACGACUCUCUCUUGCACAUCCCAUGUCACUUGUUUGUUUGUUUAUUUAUUUAUUUGUCUCACCUCUAAUCUGUCUCCUGCAUUUGUUUCUCAGCUUCAGUGCGAUCCCAGUGCUCUGCUGUUUCUUUAUGAAAACUGCCAAGUCUGUGAUUGCCACAGCAGCUCUGCCUUGGAGUGCCCUUUGGUGUCUUAAAUCUUUAAAUGCUGUUUAUAUCGUUUAUUGUCAUUUAAUUUUUUUUUAUCUCUUUAUUUUUUGCCUUGGUUGUUUAUCAUUUGUUGAACAAGAUGAUAAACUGAGGUGGUGUUGGGCACUCAAAAGAAGUUGCCAUAGACUGCAUUGCUUUUUAAUUUUGACAUUGUCAUUGUUGGAACAGGUAGAAAACAUUUUCCAUUUGAAAGAUGUAGCUAUAGAGGAACUAAUGGUUGCAUGUCACACUUCUACAUUAUACUUACAAUUGGAUAUAUUAAUUUCCAAAGGAUCCUAUAAACCCAUGUGUGUAAAGAACACAAUGGUAUCUCUUUAAUUUAAUACCAAUGCAACCCUUUCUGAGGACCAUAUUGUACGCAUGCAGUAGCCUACUUUUUUAAAAACCAAAUUACAGAAUACUCAUGCUUUUUUUUUUUUUUUUUGGCUACAAUAGAAUUUUCCAAGUGCAGUAUCUUGCAGAGUUUAACACAUCUCCCAAAGAUGAUAUAUUGUGUACACACAAAGCCAGUCACAUUCACAAAGAGGGCACCCAGUCCUUCUCUGAACCUUUGGUAGAAUAUAGCUUUUUUUACAUGAGAAAUUGAAAGAACAUGGCUUGAUCUAUGAGUGGCUAAUUUGUGAAGUAGUGGGAUGCAGAGAUAAAAAAAAAAAAAGAAAACAAAAAGUUGGUAAAUAGCACAGGUGAUGAAACAUGCCAGUGUGGCUGGUGUGCGGCUCGACUGUGAAUGAGAUGAUCAGUAUUCAGUUCUCAUGCCCCUCCUCGUCACACUGGCUGCUUUUACAUGUUUGUAGAGCUGACAGCGAUUGCACAGUGGGCAGCGAGAGCGCUCUAAUGCCAGCAGAGCGCCAGCCUACAAAUACCUGCCUCAGAACAGAUAGCGGAGAAAUAAAACAUGUCUGUCAUUUCUUCUGCCUGACGGUUGUCUGUCCAAUCAAUGAAGCUGCUCACAGGAAUGAACGAGGGCUUGUUUUUAUCUGGUUAAAUAGGGUUGGCUGAUGCUUUUUAUUUCUCUUAUUUCAUAUUCACUCAGAAUUCCUACUUAUGAAAUUAAAUGUUACCUAAAUGUCAGCAUUAAAGUCAUAUAGCUGCUGCUAUUUAACAGUAAUUUCUCAUGUAUAUUUUUUGAUUGUAUGUACUUAUACCUCAGAUGGCAUGGUUUUGUUUCAUUUUCACCCAUGU